GACAGGUCUGGUCCUUUCUUGUUUCUCUUUGGGGACUUAUAAAUAUGCAUCACAUCAAGUAACCCAGGAUUAGAGGGAAGGAUCCUGCUCUCCAGCUCAGGGCAUAUGCAGGAGGUGCAGAAUAUGGGCCUGUGUGUCAUCGGAGAGGAGAGAGAGGAGAGAGGAGGACUCGAGACAAGAUGGUCUAUGGACAACACGUACUGGUGAAAACAAGAUCUUUCUCCGUCUGUCGUCCAAUGGAGAAGACCUGCUGCCCCAGUAACUCAUAACAAACCACAUUUCCACUUCAGUUACUACUUUGACUUUAUCUUUAGUCUUUAUCUGACCACAAAGGAGCUAUUUGUUUUACCUAGUUCCCCCACAAAUUCCUCCAAACUACACCUUUACUGUCCCGUAGCUCUGUUCCCCUAAUGGGCUCCUCAUCACUCAGUACAGCCACAAUCCUGUCUUCAUUCUUGGACUCUUCUCUCCGCCCCUAACCACCUUCGCCAACACCAACAUCGGCACGACCCAAUGGAGACCGAAAGCAUGAUGACCAAGGACGUAGGAAGCAACAGCGAAGGGCUUAAGGAAAGGAAUGAGGAGACGAGGGAAGGAAGUGAAAAGUUGAUGCUAGCCGACGGAACUGAGCAGAGAGGACAUAAGCUAUCCAGCUCCGAGCCGCAGGUUUCGAACGGUUUCACGACAAGCACUUCCCAAAACUUCCGAGAGGGGCAGGGGAGCGGGGCAGGGUCAGGUGGGACUGCGCCCAGUCUGGGACAUAGCUCGUCAGCGCCCAUGGGUGGCUUCAGGACUCUGGUGGUCCAACAAACCAGUCUGGAGAGGCCGAGGGAGACCUGGAGUAAGAAGAUGGACUUUUUGCUUUCUGUGAUUGGCUACGCUGUGGACCUGGGCAACGUGUGGCGCUUUCCCUACAUCUGCUAUCAGAACGGAGGAGGUGCUUUUCUGCUGCCCUACCUGUUGAUGGCGGUGUUUGGCGGGGUGCCUUUGUUUUACAUGGAGCUUGCCCUGGGACAGUUUCAUCGCAGCGGCUGCAUCUCCAUCUGGAAACACAUCUGCCCGAUUUUUAAAGGCAUAGGUUUUGCCAUCUGCAUCAUCGCGCUCUACAUUGCCUUCUACUAUAACACCAUCAUGGCGUGGGCGCUGUAUUACCUGCUCUCCUCGUUCAGUCCUGUGCUGCCCUGGACCACCUGCACCAACGGGUGGAACACACCCAACUGUAAUCGCUACAUCUGGACAGACCAUAACGUCACAUGGUCCAACUCGUCCACCUCCCCCGCCGAGGAGUUCUAUACUCGGCACGUGCUGCAGGUGCACCUCUCCCCUGGUCUUCAUCACCUGGGUGCGGUGAGCUGGCAGCUGGCCCUGUGCCUCCUCUUCAUCUUCACCAUCGUCUACUUCAGCAUCUGGAAAGGAGUCAAGACGUCUGGGAAGGUGGUUUGGGUGACAGCUACCUUCCCAUACCUGGUCCUCUUCGUGUUACUGAUUCGUGGAGCCACUCUCCCUGGAGCCUGGAGGGGCGUGGUCUUCUAUCUCAAACCAGACUGGGGCAAACUGCUCAGCACUACAGUUUGGAUCGAUGCUGCAGCUCAGAUCUUCUUCUCACUGGGUCCAGGGUUUGGGGUCCUCCUCGCCUUCGCCAGCUACAACCCCUUCCACAACAACUGCUACAAAGAUGCGCUGGUGACUAGCUCUGUGAACUGUCUGACCAGUUUCAUUUCAGGGUUUGUGAUCUUCACUGUUCUGGGAUACAUGGCAGAGAUGAGGCAGCAGGAUGUGGAUACAGUGGCCAAAGAUGCUGGCCCGAGCCUGCUGUUCAUCAUUUAUGCAGAAGCCAUUGCCAACAUGCCAGCCGCCACGUUUUUCGCCAUAAUUUUCUUCUUAAUGAUCAUCAUGUUGGGUCUGGACAGUACAUUUGCAGGUCUGGAGGGGGUGAUAACUGCCAUGUUGGACGAGUUUCCUCACGUUCUCGCUAAGAGACGUGAGCUGUUCGUCUUUGGUCUCGUCUGCGUCUGCUACCUCGGGGCUCUCUCCACUCUUACAUAUGGCGGAGCUUUUGUGGUGAAGUUAUUCGAGGAGUAUGCCACAGGUCCAACUGUUAUCACUGUGGUUCUUCUGGAGGUCAUCGCUGUCUCCUGGUUUUAUGGUACCACUCGCUUCUGUAAUGACGUGCACUACAUGCUUGGCUUCUACCCCGGGUGGUUCUGGAGAAUUUGCUGGGUUGCUAUCUGCCCCAUAUUUCUUCUGUUCAUCAUUAUCAGUUUCCUGGCGUUCCCUCCUGAUGUGAAGUUGUUCAAUUACCACUACCCUCAGUGGACCACAGUCCUGGGGUACUGCAUCGGCGUGUCCUCCUUCAUCUGUGUGCCUAUAUACAUGGUCUACCACCUGCUCAAUGCAAAAGGCACCUUCAAACAGCGCCUCUUGAAGAGCAUCACACCAGUGCCGUCCAGUGAGCACCACAGAGACUACAUAGUGACCAACGCAGUCUGACCAAACCUGACCAGAAAGAGGCGCCGCUCUAGACACUGCAGAGAGCGCCCUCUACUGGUUACAUUGCAAAACUACAGGACAAGGGGGCUACCUUUCACCGCCUUUGCCUCUUACCAUACCUCUCCUUCAUGUUUUCUUUAGGCUCAUUUGGUUCUUAACCUUUAUUGUCCAUGUUUUGAGCAACAAACCAAUAAGCUUUUAUUUAAGUUUAGGGAUACUUAUUCGAAAAUCUGUUAUUUUUCACUGUUACUCCAUAAAAUUAAGAGAAGCAAACAGUAGCAAUGCCACUUCAACCACUGAAUGUGUGUGUAUUACCUGUGUGCCUCAAAAAAGAUACUUGUGAAGACUGGUGGUCCUGAAGAGCCAUAAUAAAGUAAUUUUAUACAGAAAAUGCAGUAUUCACCCCUUUUCAGCUUUACAAUAUUGUACAAAAAUGCAUAGAGUUUGUAUAGACAAAUUAUUUGUUUAUCAACAAUGCAGAUGCAUGCACAGCCUGAGUGCAGAAA